AUGACCCAAGUCAACUCAGAGCCAUUCGAUAUCAUUUUUGCGGGAGGAGGUACAACUGCAUGUGUCACAGCAGGCCGCCUUGCAGCCGCGGACCCUUCACUUCGAAUUCUCAUCUUGGAAGCUGGUCCACACGUCCGUGACAACCCAACUCACGUUCAACCAGGCCGUUUUUACAGCAAUCUGGCCGCUCCUGGCAAAACUUUGACGUACCAUGUCGCGAACGCAAGUCAGGCCUUGAACGGCCGUUCUCCUAUUGUGCCGUGUGGGAGGUGUGUGGGAGGCGGUUCGAGUGUGAACUUUGUCAUGUAUACCCGAGCCCCUGCUUCAGACUACGAUGAUUGGGAGAAACUCGGCAACCCUGGCUGGGGUUCGAAGGAUCUCGUCCCUCUCGCCAAUAAAGUCGAGACCUUCCAAAGCGAUGGGUUCACCAAUCAUGGCACUUCUGGUCCAAUCAAGGUGUCAAUGGGUGCGCUGACUACCCCGGGACCCGACUUCCUCGAUGUUGCAGCAAUGUAUGAUAAGGACAGAUCUGCAGCUAAAGAUGCGAACGAUUUUGGCAAGUGUGACCAGUACGCGCCCUGGUACAAAUACAUCGAUGGUAUCACAGGAAAACGUUCAGAUGCCGCGCAUCAUUUCAUCUACAAUCAGGACCACAACAAGAAUUUAGUGGUUCAAGAGCGAUGUCGGAUUACCCGUGUCAUCUUCGACGGAAACAAGGCCGUUGGAGUUGAAUAUGCAGAUGAUCGAGUUGGGCGCUCUCCUGAUGGCGAAGCUCCAAUUUUAAAGGCGACUGCGUCUCGCCUCGUUGUGGUCUCUGCAGGAGCAUUUGGUUCACCCGCCAUACUGGAAAGGUCAGGGAUCGGGUCGAAGGAUUUGUUGCAGAAACUUGGUAUACCCCUGCUAGCUGAACUCCCCGGUGUCGGGGAGAACUAUAACGAUCACAAUCUCAUCUUCACUGGAUACUACACAGUUCCCGAUGCCGACACCUUGGACGAUAUUUUCCACGGGAGUGAGAAAGAAGUUGAACCCUAUGUACAGCAAUGGAAGGAGGAGGGGAAAGGUCUUAUGGCUCAUAACGGGAUUGAUGCUGGUAUCAAGAUUCGACCGACGGACAAGGAUUUGAAGGAGCUUGGCCCUAGUUUCAAGCAAAGAUGGGAAGACUUCUUUCAAAAUUCCCCUGACAAGCCCGUUAUGUGGCUCGGCGUUCUUGCAGCUUAUACAGGCCUGGACCCUAAUCAACCUAGGGGAAAGUACUAUUCCAUGGGGUACUAUACGGAAUACCCUGUUUCUACAGGACAUGUCCACGUCAAGGCAGCACAAGAUCCCUACGCGGCACUCGACUUCGAGACGGGUUUCCUGAACGAACCCGCCGACCUCCCCGUGCUCAGAUGGAGCUACAAACGUACACACGAACUGGCUCGCCGUAUGAAGUGUUAUCGUGGAGCGCUCCCCACCCAGCACCCAGCCUUCCCUAAGGGCAGCGCAGCAGCGGCAGACAUUGGCAAACAGGAUGGCCCAGUUGACAUAUCUGCCCCUCCCGUUGAGUAUUCAGAGGAAGACAAUAAAGCUAUUGAUGAGUUCCAUCGCCAGAGAGUCGAAACCACAUGGCACUCGCUUGGUACAUGCGCCAUGAAGCCAAGAGAGAUGAAAGGCGUUGUGGACUCCAACUUGAACGUGUAUGGUGUGCAGAACCUGAAAGUAGCAGACAUGAGUAUAGCACCUCUAAAUGUCGCGGCGAAUACGUACAACAGUGCCCUUAUCAUAGGUGAAAAGGCUGCGGUUAUUAUUGCUCGAGAGCUUGGAAUUAAGGCGGUUUAG